UACACGUUGAACUCGCUUGCAUGCGAGUUGUGGAAGAUCCCCUGUGCGAGCGAGCCCGCGUUCACACACGAAAUGCCCCACCGGCCUGACCCAGACAUCGCGGAGAAAGGUCUGCGGACACCGAAGUGCGCACGCUGCAGGAACCACGGCUUUACCGUGCAACUCAAAGGACACUCCGGGAAAUGCGCGUACCUGCACUGCCCGUGCUGGAAAUGCGCGCUCAUCGCCGAGAGGACUCAAAUCAUGGCAGUCCAGAGACGGAUGAAAAAAGAGCAGAAAGAAGAAACGAAUAAUGCGGCUGAAUGCGAGCCGGCUCCUCCGGCCCAGGGGCCCAGGCUAGCCGGACGCAGAAAGCGGGACAAGAGCCGCAAUAUCGAUGAAGACUGUUGCGAAGCAGAACCGGCCGGUGCAACCUCCGCACGCCUGCUGAAUAAGUACGAACCGCGGCGAGCAGGAGCGUCCGCCGCGCAGGAUUCUCCUUGGAGGGGAGAAGGCGGUGUAACCAGAGCUGCUGUCAGCGCCGGGACCAGCAGGCAGUUCGACGCCGGGAGAAUGCACACUGCGUUCGGGGUUUCAGCACCGGUGCAGACCGCAGCACCCGAGACAGCGCUCAGCAGUGCGAGCAGCGGCGUGUACGAAGCCAGGGCUCCGAUGCACAGCUGCGCCGAGGGAAGCCCGGGGAUGGGCUUCCAUACGGGCGCUGACUGGCCCGAGCGGGACGGAGCCGCUUGGAGCUCCGGCGGGUGGGCUGCGGGAGGAAUGCAGGAAAAUGCCUUUCGCAUGGCUCGGCGUUAUGUCCCUGACAGGGAGCUGCUCUCUGCUGUGCACAGGCCUGUGCCUGUGAAGCUGUAUUCCAGGUGUCCCUGCCACGCUAUCUUCCUGAACGUGGCCACCGGCCAGCCCUGCUUCCACGAGCCUCCGCUGCCCGUGGGUUUCCAUCACUUACCAGGACACAGCGUGCAGUACUCCCUGGAUCCUGCACAAGUCAGUGGCAGAGCCAGCUACUACGCACCUCCAUCAGUGCGGCCGUGCCUCGUUCAGGACGCUUCUUACAGCCUUCAUCCAGACAGCGUCCCUCCGAGAGAGGAGGAAGAGGCUUCAGGUCUCUGCGGGAGCCAGGACUCUGAUGUCAUUUCCGUGGGGAAUGAGGCGUCUCCUCAGGAAAACAGCGGUUAACAAUCAGAUCAUUCACUAACCUUUCAUACACACUGGCAAAAUCUCACUGACUAUUGUAUACUGAUCACAUUCAUACUUGGAAUUGGUUACACAAUACGCUUGAUUCUCAUUUCUGAAGCAUAUCUUGUUGGAAGCCAUAUUUAAGUUUACAAACAAUAUAACUACAGAAUCGUUUAACCGUCCGUCUAGGAACAUGUAUUAUUUUUAAAGCUGUGCUAGACUUGCAGUAAGAUCUGGUCUUGCGCUCUGUUACAGGGCUAGUUACCCCAGAACAACCCCUUUAGUCUGGUCACCUGACACUGAACUGCACUGCACUGCACACUGUUUAAACAGUGAGGCGCGGACAGCACGCUUUCCAGACGCGAUCAGGGUUAUCCGUCAGGCUUACUGUAAACUCCAGGGAAAGCCAAACUAAAGGACAUUUGGGAAAAGGAAUAUUUACAUGUUCAUGCUGUGCUUCUUGCUCGUUAGACAGCUACAGUGGCCAGUUGCGUAAAACACCUUCAGUAACAUUUCCCUUUAGUUUUCCCUUUCAGUGUCCCUUGAGUUUAAGGGAGUUGCAGAAAGCAGCUGCACAUGUUUAAGAGUCAGCACCCUAGAUGAGGGGUAUCCUCAAGAAAUGUAUCCUUAAGCGUUAUUCUUAAACUUAAUACUUCAGGGGUUUUAUGCAACUAGACCUUUUCC